AAAGAACAGUCACAUUUCACAUUCACAAUGUCUCCUGUAAUACUUCUUUUCCUCACUAUUGUUUAUCUCUCGACAUUUAUGGGGCAGCCGAUUCUCCCGGUGAGCACUCUACCCCCAGGCCCUCCCAGUACAUGUCAACCUAUAACUGGUGUGGCCAUGUGUCUUUAUGUGCCAUGGGCAGGAAAUGCCUCCUUCCCCAGUGUCAAAGGACGUAGGACGGCACAGAGCAAAGCAAACAUCGAAGCGAAUGUAUUUCAACCUCUUGUUACACAUAAAUGCUCUAACGCCAUCGUUCACUUUCUUUGUGCAGUGUACACUCCGGCUUGUGUUGAGGGACCCGAAGGAACUGUCACGCUCAAACCCUGCAGGGAUCUCUGUAACCAUGUGAAGAAUACUUGUGAACCUUUUAUGCGGGAGCGGUGGGGAUUGAAUUGGCCGCCUCACUUUGAGUGCUCUAACUUUCCCGAAAAUGAAUCCACUGAUAUUAAUAGUCUGUGUUUUGAUGUGCCUUUCCAUAAUGUUACCAUACCAAUACCACCUGCUACUACAUCUUCUAGUACAGUUGUUCAACCUUCAUCUAAAAAAAGUUCAGUCAUUCAAUGACAAUGUACAUCUGCAUGAUAUCCCUGCUUGAGUGCUGACUAUAGAAUCAAACUAUAUAUAUGUGCUGAUGAUAUAUCUCCUGAUUUUGCUUUUUGUAUUUUGAUUUUCGAAAUAAUAAUUAUUAAUAUGAA